GAUGAAUAGAAUUCAGUCGGCACCAUAUUGUUCUAUCGUAAAGAACUCACUCGAAAAUCGUCACGUGAAUUAAAAUUGUUCCAGAUGUUUGCUUUUCAAGUAGAUAUAAUUGUGCAAUUCUUGUUUAAAUAGUAUUUAAUGUGCAAAAUUAGUUUCCAAGUAUAAAAAAAAACAUGUCAUUCUUCUACUUAAUCGGAGUGUAUGCGUUCCUUUGGUGGUUCAUUGAUAAUUUCAAAUCAUUGUUCCAAAUUGGAUGGAAUUUGUUCAUGUCAUCGCUUCAAUUGAAUGGCAACCAACCGCUGAAUGAAAAAUUUGGUACAUGGGCAGUGGUAACCGGUUCAACAGAUGGUAUCGGCAAAGAGUACGCAAAACAGCUAGCUCAACAUGGUGUUAAUGUCGUUCUCAUCGCACGAAAUCAAUCGAAAUUGAUACAUGUUUCAAGAGAAAUUGAAUCACUGUUCCCGGUGCAAACGAAGUAUGUGGUAGCUGACUUUAGUAAUGGAAAAGAAAUUUAUGAAAACAUCAAAUACGCACUUAGCACGAUUCCAGUUGGGAUUUUAGUAAACAAUGUUGGUCAAAUGUACGAAUACCCUGAAGAGCUGGGUAAAGUAUCAGAGGAUGUGCUAUACAACAUGAUCCUAACGAAUGUAACAGCAGUAACAAUGAUGACACGGCUGUUGGUAAACGAUAUGAAGCUCCGCAAAAAGGGUAUCAUUGUGAAUGUUUCAUCGGGAUUUGCUUUGCAUCCAGCACCGCUGGCUUCUGUCUAUGCUGCUACCAAGGUUUACGUGAAAAAUUUUACAAUGGCUCUCCAAUAUGAAUGUGAACCAUAUGGCAUUGAUGUUCAAUUACUCUCACCGUAUUUCGUGCGAACGAAACUGCAUAGUUACUCAACGAGUUUGAUGGCCGGCAAUUUUUUCAUUCCCGAUAUAGAAACCUAUGUACGAUCGGCUAUUUUUACAUUGGGCAAAACUAACGAAACCACCGGAUAUUGGCCGCAUGCAAUUCAGUUUGCGCUUCUGAAAAUGCUACCGGUGACGCUGCGAUCGAUAAUGAUUGGAUUCCUUAACAAACGCCUCCGUAGUGAAUAUUUUCUUCAACAACAACAAAACCGAUUUUAGAUCAUAAACUUGGCGUGCAUUCUAUUCAUUAAAAUAACGAUUAUUACUUUUAGUUCCGGAUUUAAUGUAUUGUAGUUAAUUACUCAUUUGACUUAAUUGUUGAAAGUUCAAACCUUGUUUAUUACCGUCAUGAAAAAUUAAAAAGAAAAAUUAAUACGUGAAAAAUUAGUUGAAUAUCAAUUAAAAAUUAAUGUUUAAAGUGAUCGUUUAUCAGAAGUCUAUACAAAAAAAUUAAACUUCACAUGAAUGACAAAUGGUAAUUUAUGGUGUGUUUUCAUUGUCAAGAGCAUUGAGAUUGGCGCUAAUUCAACGAGUUAAACAAUAUUCGUUCAUAUCAUCGAAACGAUCAUUUUCUCUUGUUGUAAUUAUCGUUAUUUAUUUGACGAACUUCAAACGUGCAAUGUUUACACAUUGAAAUUUUGAUGUGAAGUGAGUCUCUACUUUUUCCACUUGAGAAUUGUGUGCACACUUGUGAGCAAGUGUGUUUGUGAUAGUGUUUAUUUGCAGAAAAUAUUCGAACAUACAAGAAUGCAACGUUAUACUGCGACUGUUUUACUACUGUGUGACGAAGAAUGACUUAAAAUGGAUUUCAAUAAAAUCGAGUUUGAUUGUUGUAGGUUCUAAACGCUCAAUUCAACUUUAUCCUUCGUCCCCUGUUGAAUUUAAAUAUUUUAUCCUUCAUCGAUUUGAUAGCAAUUAUAAGUGGUUACUGGAUCAACAGACGGUAUUGGGAAAGAGUACGCAAAGCAGCUGGCGCAGCGCGGUAUAAAUAUCUGUCUUAUCGCACGGAAUGAAUCGAAAUUGAUACAAGUGUCGCGAGAAAUAG